UAAUGCCGGACACAGGCCGGAAGAUGAGCCAGAUCUUCCUCCCAUAGCACAUCUUCAUUGAAUGCGAUCUUUGAUGUAGCCACACUGACACUUGUUGUGGUUUCAUGUGUUCGUGUCGCUUUGUGCUGCUGUGUACAGAUUUCACGGCAGAUGAAGAAGCUACGACUGGUGACACAUUGAACCUGAGCGGUGCUGUUAAGUUGCAGUGAAGGUCAGUGGUGAAUAAGGAAGGACACUGUAAACCGAGAUAGCAGAGGGAGUGAGCCAGCAGUGUGACACCUCUCCCCUGGGCUGAAGGCGUCUACACAUUCCAUCUGAUCCGACUGUGCUGUCUGAUCGGCAGAAAUUACACUGUGAGAGACGAAGACGCUAAAGUUCUGUUUCCUCGCCUGUUGCUUGUCCUGCAGCUGCUGCUGACACAAACUUAGUCUAGGGAGAAAGUGCUCGGUGAUGGACUGCUGAGCAGCUACAUUGCUACAACGCGAGCUGUGAGCUGAUUGAUCAAAAGGACUGACAGACAUGGGAAAGCAGAACAGCAAGCUCCGUCCUGAGGUGAUGCAGGACCUGCUUGAGAGCACCGACUUCACCGAGCAUGAGAUCCAGGAGUGGUACAAGGGCUUCCUAAGGGACUGCCCCAGCGGGAACUUGUCCAUGGAGGAGUUCAAGAAGAUCUAUGGUAACUUCUUCCCCUAUGGAGACGCUUCAAAGUUCGCCGAGCAUGUGUUUCGCACAUUUGAUGCUAACGGUGAUGGGACAAUAGACUUCCGGGAGUUUAUCAUUGCACUAAGUGUGACAUCACGUGGCAAGCUGGAGCAGAAGCUGAAAUGGGCAUUCAGUAUGUAUGACCUGGACGGGAACGGGUACAUCAGUAAAGCUGAGAUGCUGGAGAUAGUACAGGCAAUCUAUAAGAUGGUUUCCUCAGUGAUGAAGAUGCCUGAGGAUGAGUCUACACCUGAGAAGAGGACAGAGAAGAUCUUCAGGCAGAUGGACACCAACAGGGAUGGUAAACUGUCUUUGGAGGAGUUCAUCAAAGGAGCUAAGAGCGACCCCUCCAUCGUCCGCCUGUUGCAGUGCGACCCCAGCAGUGCAGGACAGUUCUAAACCUGAGGCUCGGACAUAACCUGUGACUCUAAAUGCCCUUAACUCUCCACCAUGGAGCAGACUGAUGAUGAAGGAAGAUGAGCUGAUGAUGAUGAUGAUGAUGAUGAUGAUGAUGAUGACGAUGACGAUGAAGAGAGGCCAUCAAUUUGCACUGAGGACUUCAAAGACAGACACAGGAGCCACAUCCUACAGUUUUUUCACCUAAAGAUGUUUUUUUCUAAAACUUCCAAACUCCAACAAAAACCUGAAGACUUUCCCACAUCCUCAUCAGGUUUUCUAACCCCGUUGAUUGUAUUUGACCAGGAAUCCUCAGUUGUCCUUUAGGCAUGUCAGAGUGUGAAGAAGGUCUACAGUAGGUUGUAUAUAUACAGUAUAAACUGGAGUAUCUGUAUCAGUGUCUUUGCUUGGCUCUCUGUGCCCCCUGAGCUUCCAGCCAGGGUGACACAGAGCUUCCAUCACUCAAACAUGUAUCAUAGAUGGAUUGUGUGCAUGAGACAACAGACGAGGGAUGAUGGUGUUGAACAACAGCACGUAUCAUAGGUGAGAUCAUUGAAUCUACAGAGAGGACGGUUUGUCCUUCACUCAGAAUGAGUACUGCUUUUAGUUUCCUCUUUUCUACUGUGAGAAUGUGUACGCAUGUUUGAGUAUUUUUGCAAACUUGAUAGAUUUUGUUUCAUAUUUUGUUCUGGGACAACAAGAACAUGUUAUAUUAUGCUACUAUGCAUAAACAGUACACCCUAAUCAAAAGUCUGAUUUUGUGACCUGUCGCUGAUGUAAUGAAGGAUGAAAUCUAUCCCCAUCAUCUGUUCCAGUGGUUUUUCAUACCAGUUAGAAUUUGACAAAUUAUAGAGCUACAGUGUCACUGUGCUCUAUCUUCAGGUCAAAUAGAAAACUAGUUAUUAAAGUAUUAUGAGUAGUGUAGAUAUUUUAAAGUGUAACUACAUUUGUAAAGCAAAUUUACAUAGUCCAGAAUGCUUAGUUCAUAACAGAUGUUGUGAAAUAAUAAUUUUUAAAAAUCUGUCUGUGUAUUUAAGCUGUUGCAGGAUAUCAAGCAUGCAAACCACUUUCUUUAUUUUCGACAUGUACUAUGUGAAGAACAGACACACAUUUCUUUACAGUCACGUUCAGGUUUCUUUAAAUGCUGCAUGUUGAAUCAGUUGUUGGAACAGUUGGGUACAGCAGUGCAUAGACUAAAUAACAUAUGCAUGUGGCUCGUGCGCAUGUGUGUGUUUUUAAUGUGUGUUUAUGGUUAUCGGCGACUAUUCGUCCACCCAGCUCUGUACUCACUUCUGUAUGUUGGUAUUGUCAUUAGUACGACCAGUAGUCAGUGUUGUUGGUGCAUGGACUGCCAAAGAUGACACAUCUGAAGGUUCAUAACUUUAUGGAGGGAAACCAUGAGGACAAACGCCAUGCACACCAAACGACACAUAAUGACACAUGCUGUUCAGCCGAGAUGCUGGUUAUUCAGCAAAGAUAUAUUUUUUCUGUUGCAGUUGAGCUCAGUAAUUAUUUUUAAAAUUGCCCAAUUCUAAGUAUAUACUAUCAACUAAAUGGCAUCUACACAAUUUAUAGUAUUACAUCAAAUUAAUGGCAACUUAAGUGCUGGUGUCCCACUUAAUAAAACACUUACAACAAAUCAUUGAUUUUAGGUUUUCUCACUUCCUCACGCCGUCCUUCUUAGCUCAGCUGCAACUAGAAACAUAUACAAAGAGGAGGAAGCUCCCUUGCUCCCCCCUUAGAUACUUUUUGGAAUUUCAGCCAGGAGCCGGGAACGUACCUGAGCAAAGCUGUUUCAGUUUUUACAUUGGUUCCCGAUUAGAAAAGCUUUGAAUGUUUUAUUAAAUAACUGCUGUUUUUUUGUAAAGAAGAAAAAGAUGCAGACAAACACACGGAGAAUCACAACUACUGCAAUGACACUGUCACAAUGUGUUGCUUUUACUGUAUUUUUAUAAUUUAGUUCCUUUGUAAGCAGUGUCAGGUAAAACAUUUCUGUUAAAACACAAAAUAGCAUCUUGUGCCAAAUAAAAACAAAAAACAGUAUUGUAUAAAUUUAUACUGUACAAAUGUUAUCUGUUGAACAAAAUGUUUGUAAUUGUCGCAUUUUGUAGGUUUUGUAUGGUAUUCUGUAUUUUAGUGACUGCAGUUUUUUGGUAAAGGAUUCUGUUUUUUGUCAACUUUAAAAGGCUAGAAUUAAAUUUACAAAUUAUUGUGUGCAACCAUUCAAAUGAUGUUUGUUUAGUUGUGUAAUUGUGGUUUUCAUUUCUAGCAUGAUGAAUAAAUCAUGGCCAGUGUUAUUAUUCAGAUAUCA